AAAUGGGCUAGGGUGAGAUAAUAUUCCCAAGAUGCUGUUAUAUCUUUCUUUGCUUUUAACCAGUUCUCUAUUCGUAGUGCAAGCAGAUGGCCGAGUUAUCUGGAAUCGAACCGAGUUGGAAGCGAACACUGACUCCUACCAUCAUGGAAUCGAACCAAGCUGGAGUCAAACCAACUUGACUCUGGAUUCGGAAGUUUGUCCCGGAGGCUAUUCCCCUGUGGGCGACAAAUGCCUCAUGUUUGUGACCUUUAUUACUCAACCAUUUGGGGAAGCGAAGCAGUUCUGCCAUGCAGCCAAGGGGGAGCUGGCUGCCAUCACCACGGCCACGAACUUCAAGACUUUAGUCGAUUACAUCCAUGCCAACGAUUUCACCAGCGGAGAUUUCUGGCUGGACGGAACCGACGAAGCAGAAGAGGGCGUCUGGGUGACGUCGUCGGGAGAAGCCAUGCCCUUAGGAACCCCCUUCUGGGCCGCAUUUGGAGCCAACCAGCAACCAGAUAAUGCCAAUGGGAAGGAACACUGUCUAUUCAUUCCAUCGGCUUGGUUUUUCUACAUGGCUGACAACCCUUGUUCUGCCGUGAAACAUUUCAUAUGCGAAGCGACCAUGCCGACGCAGAAAAAGGCCACAAGCGCAGCGCUGGCUCCCGUCGGGCCGUCGGUGGUGGGCAGCCGCGGUAAUAUUACAUGCCCCAUCCUCUUCGUGGAAGUGGGAGGCCUGUGCAUGAUGUUCGUCACGUGGGCGGAGGAGACCUGGGAUGAGGCUCGGCAGUCGUGUGCGGGAGCCUCCAGUGAGCUCUUGGCCAUCACCGACGUCGAAGUUUUCCGAGCUCUGUAUCUUUAUAUUCAUCUAGAAUAUUUAUCAGGCCACGCCUUCUGGCUUGGAGGAUCCGAUUUAGCGAGUGAAGGAACAUGGGUUUACACCACAGGGGAGCCUGUGCCCAUGGGCACCCCUUUCUGGGGUCUUUUUGAAAUGAGUGCUCCGAUCCAGGAACCCAACGGAGGAACCGGCCAGAACUGCCUCGCGAUCACUAGUGAUGGUUAUUAUAAUUUCAGGGACUACUCGUGCAAUUCUAAGUUUAACCCACUGUGUGUCUUUACUGGAUGAGCAAAUGGCACGGAAAACGAAAAAAAAGGAAAAAAUAAAAGAUAAAUAAAUUCAAUUUACAAAAUUUCAAAUGAUAUACCUUUUACUUUUGUCUUGGUAAGCAUUCCUUAGGUACAUUUUCAAAAGUUACAAAUAUGAGGUGCAUUUAAAUAAUACUGUUUCCUGUUUUGUUUAUGUCACUUUCCUUAUUCUCUUCUCUCUCAGACCAGUCCACAUACAUUCUCACUCUUACUCUUAUUCAUACACACACAAACCAAAUUAGUAUUACAUAUGAAAACAUUACCUAAGUUAUGUCUUGUAGUCAGCAGUAAGAAAAAAUAAAUAGAUAUGUAGUGCCUAUUUAUUAAUUAUAUGGUUUCAAUAAAUUAUGUUAUCUGUGAGUUCAAGGUGAACCGUCAUAAACAA